AGAGGGCGCCCAGUUGGCCAGGUGCUGCCGCCGCGUCGAGUUCGGCGCUAUAGCUAAACUAAAUACGCAGUGUUGUACAUUUAGAACGUUCACAAUGGCUACCGCGAAAGACACGUCUACUUUCUUUCUGGAGGCAGAUGCAAAAGAAUUCGACAGUGUAUUGAAGUUAUAUCCACAAGCGCUUAAACUUAAAGCUGAACAGAAAACAAAGAAACCAGAAGAGCUUGUAAAAUUGGACAAUUGGUACCAGAAUGAACUACCAAAGAAGAUUAAGUCCCGCGGCAAAGAUGCCCACAUGAUACACGAAGAGUUGGUGCAACUUAUGAAAUGGAAACAAGCGAGAGGAAGAUUUUAUCCACAAUUAUCAUAUCUUAUAAAAGUAAAUACACCAAGAGCCGUGAUGCAAGAGACAAAGAAAGCUUUCCGCAAAUUGCCUAACAUUGAAUCAGCCAUGACUGCACUGAGUAAUUUGAAGGGAGUCGGUACAGCAACGGCAUCAGCGUUAUUAGCGGCUGCCAGUCCCGACAUAGCACCGUUUAUGGCUGACGAGUGCUUACAAGCGAUCCCAGAGAUGGAGGGGAGCGAUUUUACUGCCAAGGAAUACCUCAAUUUUGUAAACCACAUUAAGAGUGUCUGUGAUAGAUUAAAUCUGGAACAAAAUGGCUGUGGCAAAAAAUGGUCACCACACAUGGUGGAAUUGGCGUUAUGGACACAUAACAUAGUAUCAGAUUUACAGCCAGAGCUUCUCGGAAAACAGCCAAGUCUGACUGCACCUGCAAACGGUGGCUCGCCGCUACCCAGUGACGAAAGUAACCUUGAACCACCAUCCACAAAUGGAAACGGCAAAUUAGGAGCAGAUUCAGUAAAUGAGGAUACGACGACGUCAUGUACAGAAGACUCGAUGGACGCGAAAGCCGUGUCGCCCGCAACUCCCGCCUCACCCUCUGACAACUCGGACUCCGCCUUCAGUACGCCGCGCGCCAAACGACAAUUAGAGGAGGCGAGUUCUGCAGAGGAAAACUCACUGGGCGACUCAACGGACGCGCCAGUGCCUGUCGCAAAAAAACUUCGAGAAGCUACCCACUGACAUUCGCGCACUCCCACCAAACAUCCCUCGUGCGCCUAUAAAUAGCUUUUUAGACUAAAAUAUUGUACCUAGGUAAUUUAUUUUCAAUUCCGUUUAAUUUUAACUUAGUAUUAAGUUUUAAGUACCGGACGAUUUUGUAAGUUUUAUAGGGUAUUAAUUAAUAAUUUUGGAUGCGUUGAAUGGACUUACCGGGCGCGCUCCUCGAGAGUAUAUGAUUGUACAAUAUUUCAAUGUGAGUGUAUCGGCGGAGUGGCCCGCGAUAGGGCCUAGUUUUAGGUUUCGUUUGUAAUAAUUUUAACAGUUUACUCUUAGAACAUCCAAGUUGCAAAAUAAUACAUGAAAUACAUAACGUCCAUACCUUAUAAUAAUAAAGUAUUACAAAUUUCAUGUCUCAUAAUGCACAUUUUUUUUACAAUAUAAUUUUUGAUAACUUGUAUUAAAAUUAGAUUUAAUUCGCUUGGAGAAAUGAGAAAUAGAACUAUGUAGUAUAAUAAAAAUACACUAUUUUUCUAGAAAUGGUAAGAACCGCAAAAGCGCCACUUCUACACCAUCCUCGCUUCUCCUAGACAUUCAAUGAUACAAAAAAAAUGUACAAUAUGAAACAUGGAUGUUGCAUUCUAACUUUAAUAUCCGUAGACUUUUACUUUGCUAUUGUAAGAUAUGGAGAUGUUGAACGUCAUGUGAUAUAUUAUAAGUUGAAUGUUUUGAGACUAAACAAUUUUUAACGUUUGAACGUUCGCAUCCCGCGUGACAUUCCAAUAAUUUGUAACAAGUAAAUUUGGGCGGCGAGGGAGGCUCAGAGUCGCCGCAGUGAGAUCCGGACCAGAUGCCUUGACGAGGCCGCACAGGCCGUCAACGUCACACUCACCCAUUGCCUUAUGACACAGUCUGCCCGCAGAGUUUAUAUGCAACAAGAUAAUACAAAGGUCGUGUUACCCGGGCGCCGGGCACACGGGCCCACAUGUAGUUUUAUUGAACAA